UUCUACGCCACUUUCAAUUUAUUUUUGUAGUGUCAAAUUGUUGCAGUGAUUCUGUUUUGGUCGUGUUAUUCCCUUUGAAAACAAAGGAAAUUCGAAAAUGGGUAAAAUAUUUUUGGAUCAUAUUGGUGGAACUCGAUUAUUUUCGUGCGCUGCUUGCGAUGUCGUAUUAACAAAUCGUUCUGAACUAAUUAGCACACGAUUUACUGGAGCGACAGGUCGCGCUUUUCUCUUCCACAAAGUGGUGAACCUAGUAUACUCCGAAGUUCAGGAUAGGGUGAUGUUGACUGGAAGACAUAUGGUCCGCGAUGUUUCUUGUAAAAACUGCACGACCAAGCUUGGUUGGGUUUACGAAUUUGCUACUGAAGAAAAUCAGAGGUACAAAGAAGGAAGAGUAAUUUUGGAAAGAGCUCUAGUGAAUGAAACUGAAGGCAUUGAAGAAAUUCCAGUGAAUAAUGACGAUUGAAUAUGAAAUAACUUUAUGUUAUCUACGUUAAAUUAAGAAAAGUGGUCUCACCUAUUAAUAUUACUGUCAUUGAUCUAUUUUCAUAAUAAUAUUUUAUCUGAAUUACUUCAUUGUGAUAUAAAUUGACUCCUCCAAGGAAUACUAAACCCAAAUACUGAGAAACUUGAAUAAAAAAAUAAAUAUUUAAUACAUUACUCAAGCACUUUUAAUUUAUUGGUUUUAGUUGCUAUAAUAUUAAAAAUAUGUUGGUGACAUUUCGAUUGGUGUAGUAAACCUUGGAGGUAAACAUAUGUUUUAAUUCAUUCAUGUUCUAAAACUAUUCUUCUUAGUGUGGUUUAUGGAUAACUUGAAUUGUAGGGGGCACUGUAAUCACCAUUCUCACACAUCCUUAGAUAUAAAGGGUAGCUUUAAAAUUAAAACUAUUGUCAUGUAAAUGAAUGACUUGAUUGUGUUAAGUAGUACUUUUUUACCUAUUUACUUUGAAUUUGAUCCAAAACAUUGUUGAUACAAACAUGUUUUUUAUAUAUAUUACGGCUUAUAUCCUAGCAUUCUUAAUGUGACUGAUUUGUAACUAUAUUUACCAAUAUAAUUGAAUAUUUGAUCUAAAAUACCCUACACUAAUAACCUUCUUAUGUAUUUAAUAUAGAUCUUUAAAUUAGACUGGUCCAGUUUUUGUAGACUGUACCUAAAUUGUUUAGAUACAUAAUUGACUCGGGAAGGAACAAAUGGUUCGGAAAGGUUUGAAAUUAAGGACAAAAAGUAAUUGAAUGUCACAGAAAUUAUUUGAAAGGGGGAGUCAUUUUAAACUUUUACUCUUAUAAAUAUUUACAUAUGCUAUCAGUUUGAAUUAUAACACUACAUUUUAGGAUGAUUUUAAACUGAUUUAAUUUUUCUUGUAAAGGGUUUUUUUAUUAGAUCUCUAGUUUAGUAAAAAUUUUUAGUUUUUGUAGUUUGUUAUUUUCUAAAUAAGUUUUUUGAUAGACAACAUUAUUUGCUGAUACUUUUUAACCGACGUCAAAAAAGAAGAGGUUCUAUCUAUACUUUACUGCAUAUUUUUUUGUUAUUAUUCCUGAUAUAUAAAUAAUCACAAAAGUAAUGUUUACAAACUUUUUGGUUUGAGCCAAAGAUUUAAACGAUUUAAAUCUUUGGUUUGGUUAUCAAUUAGUAUUAAAGUUGUCAAUAGUUAAUAUAUUGUCUUUGAUGACUACUCAAUUUUGUCAAUUGUAAAUUUUGUUUAGUGAUAAAAUUACAAUUUAUACAUGUAAGAUAAAAUAAAUUAAUUUUUAAUUA